GAGUACUCCUCGGGAAAAAUUGACAGCAGGAAAACAGCUAUUUUGGUAGGGGACGGAAAUGUGAAGAAUUCGGAAGAUUGGACCGGUUACGUUUUAAGCUCCGGCGUUUUCUGUGCGGCUUUUGUGCGGUUUUUUUCUUUUCUUUUUCAACAUCUCGGGGGAUAUCUGAGUGUCAAAGUGUGACGGUCAGACAAGCAUCAUGGCUUCCGAGGUCGAGGUUAAGCAGGCCAGUCCAAGCACGCCGCAGUCAGUCUCGCAGCCAGAGACCCCUGUUGAAGGCAAUGGCAAUAACGGCGGGUUUGUUUUUAAUGAGCAGACCAAUUAUGUUCCCAAGAGCACUAUUAUCACGAUCUUCCUCGCCUGCUCAACAGUCGAUCUCGUCGCGUUGAUGGACCAGACCACCCUCGCGGCCAGUUUGUCCAUCAUCGGUAAUGCAUUGGGGGCUAGCGACAAAACCUCCUGGAUCUCAGGCGGCUACUUCGUCACCUCAACAUGCUUCCAGUUACUCUACGGUCGUCUCUCUGACAUCUGGUCCCGCAAGCUCGUUCUCUUCGUCGGACUGGCAAUCUUCUUCUUCGGCUCGUUGGCCGCGUCUCUCGCACAGUCUGCCACGCAACUCAUCAUCUUCCGUGCCUUUACUGGUGUUGGUGGUGGUGGAUUGAUGAGUGUGGCGCAGAUGAUUGUUAGUGAUGUCGUGCCGCUGAGAGAACGGGGGAAGUAUCAGGGUAUCCUGGGCGCGGUUGUCGCCAUUGCCAAUGGUAUUGGGCCGGUUAUUGGAGGUGCCUUGGCGAGUAUCGAUGAGGACUCGUGGAGGUGGAUUUUCAGAUUGAAUCUGCCGCUCACUGCUAUUUGCGUUCUGGCUGUGUUUUUCUUUAUGCCGCUGCGUGCAGUAGAGGGUGAUUGGAAGGCCAAGCUUAAGGCUGUUGACUUUAUCGGUGCUGGUCUCGCUCUGGGCGGUACUGCUGUUCUACUCCUGGGUUUGAACUGGGGUGGUGGUGAGUAUCUCUGGAACUCGGCGCAUGUCAUCGCGACGCUUGUCGUUGGUAUCGCUGUAUCUAUUGGUUUCGUGCUCUGGCAGUGGAAGGGUGCGUCGACGCCGCUGGUUCCCAUGCACAUUUUCAAAUCGAGGAUUGUGAAUGGGGCUUGUUUGACGAUGUUCGUCAAUGGGUGGAACUUCCUCGUGCAGGUGUAUUACAUCCCGACAUUUUAUCAGUUGGUGUUCAAUUAUUCGACUGUUAAGGCAGGUGCAAUGUUACUGCCUAUAACCUUGUUUCAGACUGUGAGCAGCACCGUCUCCGGCCUGAUCGUGCAUUGGGUCGGUCGCUACCGGGAGUGCAUCCUCUUCGGAUGGAUAAUCUGGGCUGUUGGUCUGGGUCUCUUCUCGACUCUGGAUGAGAACUCCGGAAUCGGGAAGCAAGUCGGAUACGGGAUCUUGACAGGCGUUGGUGUUGGAAAUACAUUGCAACCUGCUCUCAUCGCCGUACAAGCUGGUGUCGAACGACGCGAAAUGGCCGUCGUGACUGCAUUCCGGAAUUUCGUUCGCAACCUCGGAGGAACCCUCGGCCUCGCCAUCGCCGGCACAAUCAUCAACAACUUAAUCUCCUCCUCGAUCUCCUCCCUCGGCCUCACCUCCGAGGAAACCCGUUCCUUCCUCGCCAGCCCAACAAACUACCUCUCCAAGCUCCCCGCCAACGAAGCCGAGCAUGCCCGCUCGCUAAUCAUCCCCGCAUACCGCAAGGGUUUCCGGAUAAUUUUCAUCAUCGGCGCCGCGCUCUCGGCACUCGCGUUUGUGCUCGCCGUCGUACUUAUGCCACAGGUUACACUGAACCGGGACGAUGACAAGAAGUUAAAAGAGGAAGGUAAACAGCGGAUCGAAGCCGGGAAGGAGAAGGGCAAUCGCGAUGCGGAGAAUACAAGCAGAUGAACGUGAUGGUCCAGUGUCAGGAUGGACUAUCGCUCUCACUAUUAUUACCCGAUGGGGUAAUAAGUCAAUGCACACUAAAAACACUAUCACACGAGUUCAUUGUUUGUUUGGCGCAAAUCGCUCGUUGAGACCGGGCGACAGUACGCUAAUACGAGGCAAGGAGACAAAGAAGCGUGAAUGUUGACAAAUUGGUGGUCGGGCAUGUAUAUUAUCGGGAAUAUGUAUAG